AUGGUAGCCACAAUUGCGAUAAUGGCACGUAAUAGUGAAAUGAGUUUGGAUGGGCGAAGAGUGAUGGAGANUUUGAGAACUUUGAGUUUGCAAGAUAACGCGAUUUCAUCAAUUGGAGAUAGAGCUUUCUCAAAUUUGAGAAAUUUGCAAACGCUUAAUAUGUCUAGUAAUUCAAUUGUUGCGUUACCUCCGGAGCUUUUUCAUUCCUCGCGAAGUUUGAAUCAUCUUUAUCUCCAAAAUAAUUCGUUGAGUGUGUUGGCGCCGGGGAUUUUGGAAGGUUUGGAUCAACUGCAAGUUGUCGAUUUGAGUCAUAAUGAGUUGUCGAGUAAAUGGAUUAACCGAGACGCUUUUAAAGGAUUAGUUAGGUUAGUUGAGUUAAAUCUUGGCUAUAAUAGUUUAAAUAAAAUCGAUGGAAACGUUUUUAGAGAUUUAUUUAGUCUCCAAAUUUUAAAUUUGGAACGAAAUCAAAUCGAAACUAUCGUUGAAGGAGCUUUUGGGCAAUUAAGUAAUUUGCACGCUUUGAUUUUGUCGCAUAAUCGACUCCAAACGAUUGAAGGUUUCCAUUUAAAUGGGAUGUACGCUUUGAAUCAAUUAAUAUUAGAUUUUAAUUAUAUAAAAAUCAUUGAUGAUCAAAGUUUCGAGAAUAUAACGAAUCUUCAAGAUUUGGGAUUAAACGGAAAUCAACUCGAUUCGGUUCCGGGUGGGAUUAAAAAGUUGCGGUACUUGAAGUCAUUGGAUUUGGGGAAAAACUUGAUAAGGAGUGUAAACAACUCAUCGUUUGAAGGUUUAGAUCAAGUUUACGGAUUAAGAUUGGUCGAUAACCGCAUUUCGAACAUCUCGAGGGAUGCUUUUUCAACUUUGCCAUCGUUAAAAGUUUUAAAUUUGGCGUCGAACAGAAUUAAACAUGUUGAACAGAGUGCGUUUUCGAGUAAUUCGGGGUUAAAAGCUAUUUUAUUGGACAAUAAUCAACUCACGGAUAUUAGUGGUGUUUUUACAAACUUGGAAAGUUUAAUUUGGUUAAACGUUUCGGCUAAUAACUUGAACAUUUUCGAUUUCGGUCAUCUUCCGUUGAAUUUGCAAGGUUUGGAUUUAAGAAAUAAUCAAAUAACCGAACUUAACGAUCGAUUCGAUGUGGUUAAUUCGAGUAAUAUUAAGUUUUUCGAUGUUAGUUUUAAUUAUUUAAGUGAAAUUAAUCAGCACUCGGUUCCUGCGAAAAUCGAAGAGUUCUUUUUGAAUAAUAACAGAAUUAAAUCGAUUGAACCUAAUUCGUUUUUGAAUAAACAAAAUCUAAAAAAAGUUGUUUUAAGUUAUAAUGAAAUCAAAAACUUGGAUAUUUCCUCGUUAAAUUUGGGGGGUUUUAAUGAAAAUGAUGAUUUGCCCCAAUUUUAUUUAGGAAAUAACCCGUUUUAUUGCGAUUGUAACAUGGAGUGGUUGUUGAGGAUCAAUCAUUUAAGCAGUAAUUUAAGGCAAUACCCCCAAAUUUUAGAUUUAGACUCUGUUAAUUGUGAUUUAGUUCAUAGCAGGGGAUCGCCUCCUCAAAAACUUUUAUAUUUAAAACCUUCCCAAUUUUUGUGCGAAUACAAAACGCAUUGUUUCGCUUUGUGUCAUUGUUGCGAUUUCGACGCUUGCGAUUGUGAAAUGACUUGCCCCGAUAAUUGCACGUGCUUCCACGAUUUAACUUGGUCCUCAAACGUGGUUGAUUGCAGCAACGCCGGGUACAGAAACGUCCCCGAAAAAAUCCCAAUGGACGCCACAGAAAUUUACCUCGACGGAAACGAUUUAGGAGAAUUAGGGAGCCACGUCUUCAUCGGAAAGAAAAAAUUAGAAGUUUUAUUCUUAAACAACAGCAACAUCUUAAACAUCCAUAAUCGAACUUUCAACGGAGUUAAAUCGUUAAAAAUCCUCCACAUGGAGAACAACCAUUUAGAAGAAUUGAGAGGUUUCGAAUUCGACCAAUUACAAAAAUUAAACGAAUUAUAUUUAGAUCAUAACAAAAUNUGA